CCCACCGGCUCCUCCUCCUAGCGGCUAACCAGCUAGCAGCGGCUGAAGCUGCAGCUGAAGUGGGACAAACAUCUCAGAUUUGGGCCGGUCUGAAGGGAAGCCCGAACCCUGAGCCCCCGCUGGAUGACUUCCUCCUCCAGGCUGCAGGCUGAGCCUCCUCCGCCAUGGCGGACAGUUAGCAGUUAGCAGCAGUUAGCAGCGGUUAGCUCCCGUAGCAGCGGAGCCUCUACGCCGCUCUGCAGCCCCCAGAGGUCGGAUUAUCUGCUAUGUCAUCAGCCGUUCACAGCAGUCAGGGAGCCAUCGGGUCAUGCUGAGCGAGCGGCACCGGUUCCUCCUGUGGUUCUGAUCCGGUCCAGCAUCAGCAGCUCGGUUCCGUUCCCGCUCCCUGGACUGUUCGUCGUUUCGAUGGCGUUCCACGGCGCCGGCCGGCAGACCGUCUGCGGGGAUCUGUUUCCGGGCUCCGAUCUGGGCCACAAGUUCUUCUGCGGCGCCCCCUCCACGGGCCUCGGCGCCACGCCCUGCCUGACCGGACCCAGCGCCCCGGCCGGGACCCCCCGUCACCCCACGGCCCUGGGGGGCGGAGGCGGUGGCGCAGCAGUUCCUCAGCCCUACAGCAACCCGGCCAGCGAGGUGCCGAGCCCGGCGGAGAUGGAACCGGACCGCCCCAUCGGAUACGGAGCCUUUGGAGUGGUCUGGUCGGUAACUGACCCGCGUGACGGCCGCAAGGUGGCGCUGAAGAAGAUGCCCAAUGUCUUCCAGAACCUGGUCUCCUGUAAGCGGGUCUUCAGGGAGCUGAGGAUGCUCUGCUUCUUCAAGCACGACAAUGUCCUGUCGGCUCUGGACAUCCUCCAGCCUCCGCAGAUCGACUGCUUCGAGGAGAUAUACGUGAUCACGGAGCUGAUGCAGAGCGACCUCCACAAGGUCAUCGUGUCUCCUCAGCCGCUCACCACAGACCACAUCAAGGUCUUCCUCUACCAGAUCCUCCGAGGUCUGAAGUACCUUCACUCGGCCGGGAUCCUCCACAGAGACAUCAAACCCGGGAACCUUCUGGUCAACAGCAACUGUCUGCUGAAGAUCUGCGACUUCGGCCUUGCCCGCGUGGAGGAGCCCGACCCGUCGCGUCACAUGACCCAGGAGGUGGUGACCCAGUACUACCGGGCCCCCGAGGUUCUGAUGGGCUGCCGCCACUACGGCUCGGCCAUCGACGUCUGGUCAGUGGGCUGCAUCUUCGCCGAGCUGCUGGGCCGGCGGAUCCUGUUCCAGGCCCAGAGCCCCAUCCAGCAGCUGGACCUGAUCACCGAUCUGCUCGGAACGCCGCCUCUGUCCGCCCUGGCCUCAGCCUGCGAAGGGGCCCGGGCUCACAUCCUGAGGGGCCCCCACAAACCGCCGUCGCUGUCGGUCCUCUACAUGCUGUCGGACGGCGCCACGCACGAGGCCGUGCACCUCCUCUGCCGCAUGCUGGUCUUUGACCCGGCCAAGCGGAUCUCUGGCAGCGACGCGCUGUCCCACCCGUACCUGGACGAGGGCCGCCUGCGCUACCACACCUGCAUGUGUCAGUGCUGCUACUCCGUCCCCACCGGCCGCGUCUACACCCGGGACUUUGAGCCGGCGGCGGAGCGGCCGUUCAGCCACAGCUACGAGAACAGCCUGCUGUCCGUGUGGCAGGGGAAAGAGCUGAUCCAUCGCUUCAUCACGGAGCAUCAGCAGGGAAAACGGGUUCCUCUGUGCAUCAACCCUCAGAGCGCCGCCUUCAAGACCUUCAUCAGGUCCACCGCCUGGCAUUCCUCCAAGGUGUCCAGGAAGGAGGAGAGAUGAAGGCUGCUGCUCCUCAUCCUCCACCACCUCCUCACCCCCCCACCCACCGGACCGACCCCAUGUCGCUGCCUCCCUGACCCGGCGCCGAUGUUCCUCAGGAGAACCGGGAGAACUUCCUGCUUUGAUCAUUCCGACCCGGUUCUGAACCCUACCGCGUCGCCAUGGCGAUGGCAAUGAUGUAGCAGGUCCCACCGACACUCCCUGGUUCUGUUGGUGAGCGGCCUGGUUCUGGUCUCAAAGCGCCGCAGAAGCUGGGAUGGACCGGUACCAGGCAGGAGAGCGUUGCUCCGGUUCUAAAAGCCGGACCUUCCAGGGGGGACCGUUUCUACUGGAUGUGGUUCUGACUGGUCCAGACGAUGUCCAGGAGGAAUCUGGACCUCCUGUUGAUACCGUCUGGGCCUCAGUCAACCAUGAACAGCCUGGUUCUGGUCCGGCUGCAGGAACUGGGCCAAACCUUCCAGUGGGACAAAGGUCCAAUUGGUGCCAAACUUGUUUGAAAGCGGGUCAGCGGCGUGGCAGGAACCAGCAGCUCCGGGUCGGCGCUGGAAGGCCCGGGUCUGGUUCCCCUGAGUGGUGCGGAUGCUGUGCACUGAUCCGGUUCUGAUAGAACCCAGAACUCUGCUUCUUUUAACUUAUUAGAACUUUGUUGUUUUGGUUCUGAUUCUGCUCCUGGAGUCCAGAACCUUUGGGUUUCCGUAGAACCGUUUAGUUCUUGAGUCCGAUUAGUGAGCCUAGAUUCUGGACCGGGUCUCUGAGGCGCCGGUUCUGACCCGCAGCGUUUUAGGAUCAGAACAUCAUUUCCAGCAGAUGUUCUGGAACCGGAACCGGACCUUUAGGCGGUUCUGAGGAAGCGUUUAGCCGGUUCUGCCCCAUCUUUAGGCUUAGCGCCGGGGGGGGCGGGCUCUCUGAAACGCCACUUCCUGUUUAUUAACGUUAGUCUUUGUUCCAACUCUGCUCUAGUCCUGAUCAUAGGAGCAGUGAGCCUCAUCAGGAGAGAUGACAUCAUCUUAGCUCCUGUUUUAUAGAUGAAUUCAACCAAUCAGAGACUGAUGCUUCGCUCAGACUGAACGCCAUCAGAGGAGCUCCUGCUGCUUCAUCUCUGAUCCUCAUUAAGGUCAGACGUCCAGUAAAGUGAGUCCAGAAGCUUCU